AUGAAGCUCCUCUAUCCUACCUCCCUUGUUCUCGACAUCCAAAACCUCAAGGGAUUUUCGGUCACCCUCCAUCCCUAUGAUGUCAAAAUCCCCAUUCCGGAGGAGCUGAUUGAUGCCGAAAUUAUGGUAACAUGGACCAACACUCCGGAAAACCUCAAGGACGCUGCGAAACGCAUGAAGAACCUUCGCUGGAUUCAAUCUCUUGCUGCCGGACCCAAUGAUGUCCUGGCAGGUGGUUUCGACCCUCACAAGACUACAAUUACCACCGGCUCGGGUCUACAUGAUAUCCCCGUCGCCGAGCACACACUCGGCUUACUUUUGACUGCUGCUCGUCGGUUUGACCAAAUGCGUGAUUAUCAACUCCAGAACAAAUGGCCGGGACACCUGGGCGGCUCGUUCCCGCGCAACGAUUUCACCACGUUGCGCGAUGCUCGUGUGCUUAUCUGGGGGUUUGGCAAUAUUGCGAAAACGCUCGCACCGUACCUGAUUGCUCUCGGGUCUCAAGUACGUGGUGUCGCUCGACAGCCCGGUGUGCGCAAUGGCAUUGAGGUUUAUGGCGAGGAUAAACUUGCCGAGCUUCUUCCACAAACCGAUGCCCUGGUUAUGAUUCUCCCGGGGUCUGAGACGACGCGCGACGCGCUGAAUGCCGAGAGACUCAAAUUGCUGCCAAAGCAUGCAUGGGUGGUGAAUGUAGGACGGGGGCUUUCUGUCGAUGAGGAUGCGCUGGUGGAUGCGCUAGAGAAGGGUGAAAUCGGUGGCGCGGCGCUGGAUGUUUUCAAGACAGAACCACUUCCUGAGUCGAGCAGGCUGUGGAAAGCACCAAAUAUGAUUAUUUCACCUCAUGCAGCUGGUGGAAGACCUCUAGGCUGCACUGAUUUGAUCGCAGAAAAUUUGCGACGAUUUCUCGCUGAACAGCCUCUUAAGAAUACGAUCUCAAACUGA